UGUCAUUAAACUGCCAAUGAUGUACCUUAUUUGACGUUUGUUAAUUUUCGCGAUUUGUUGGCAAAGCGUUUGCGCCAAUGUAACCAGUUAAGUUAUGAGUUGGAAAUAGUUUAGAGGUGCUGGUUAUUGAAAUAAAAUUCAGUUACUUAAUGUUUAUUGAAAGCUUUACUACGCGUGGCAUGUAAUAGUUUUCUCAUUUGUGUAACACAAACCAUAUUUUCUUUUUGAAAAAUUGCAAUUUAUGGAGUUUUUUUCGAGAUAUGAAAAAUAAAGAUUUAAAAUGUCGAACAUCAUCAACACCGGAGAAAAUUUUACUAUCAUUCCUCCAACGGAAACUCUAGCUCCAUCUACAAACGCACAAUGUUCUACUUAUACAUUUCCGGAACCGACCCGAUCACCUGAAACUAGAGGUCAUCUUCGCAGCGUAAGUCAUGGGGGUAGCAGUUCCGCCGUUGUAGUAGGUCGGUCGGCUAUGAAAGGUGCGCGCGGUCAUCAAAGAGCUCUAUCUCAAGGGCAAAUGUUUGAUUCCAGCGGACCACCUCAUAAACCAGGUCAUAGCAGAGUUGGGUCGAAAACAGAUUUUAUAUUACCUCCUGGACAUAAAGAGUCCGAUGCAACUCCAGCGCCUAGAGGAUCCGUGAAAUCGGGACACUCGAGACAGGCUUCUAGAUCCGAUUCCAUUUACACAUUAAGAAGAUCUGCUCCACCACCGUUAUGGAGAAGAGUGCUUUGCGCCAUAAUCCGCCGUUCUCCAAAAAACGAAGAUAUCGAAGAACGUUACCGUAUAGUUGUUCCUAAUCACAUAGUGCCCCCAAAAACACCCCGUAAAGAACAUCCGAACGGUCGUAGACCUAAUAAUAGUAUCAGGACUACAAAAUAUACGCUUCUUUCGUUCCUUCCGCGUAAUUUACUCGAACAGUUCCACAGAGUGGCGAAUUUGUAUUUUAUUUUUAUCGUUUUGCUCAAUUGGUUUCCGGCAAUAAAUGCGUUCGGUAAAGAAAUCGCAAUGGUUCCGGUGAUGUUCGUGCUCGGAGUUACAGCCGUUAAAGACUUGUUCGAAGAUCGUAGGAGACAUUCUAGUGAUAAGAGGAUUAAUAAUUCCACAUGUAGAAUAUAUAAUAGUGAAGCCUGUCGGUACAAAAAAGUAUUGUGGAAAGAAGUCAGAGUUGGUGAUUUGAUACAUUUAUCAAACAAUGAAGUUGUCCCAGCUGACAUUUUAUUAUUACGAUCUAGCGAUACUAGUGGCCUGUGUUACAUCGACACCGGUCACUUGGAUGGUGAAACUAACCUCAAACAAAGACAAGUUGUUAGAGGAUUUGUUGAAAAGCAAAAUUUUUUCGAGCCUAAUAAAUUUAGAAGUACGGUGGAAGUAGAAGCUCCUACGACAAAAAUCUAUAGAUUUCAUGGUGCAAUCGUUCAUCCAGAUGGAAGCAGAGUACCUGUUGGAACUGACAAUUUAUUAUUAAGAGAGUGCCUUUUGAAAAAUACAGAUUUUAUUGAGGGAAUCGUUGUUUAUGCAGGUCAUGAAACUAAAGCAAUGUUAAAUAAUGGGGGUCCCAGAUAUAAGCGAUCUUCAGUAGAGAAGCUAAUGAAUCAAGAUGUGAUUUGGUGUGUGCUUAUAUUAAUUUUAUUAUGCGUAUUAGGAGCAGUCGGAUGUAAAAUUUGGAUCAGUUCCUAUAACGAUUUACAAGCGCCUUACAAAGAAAGUGAUAGUGCUUCGGGAGAAGCUUUCUUAACUUUUUGGACUUUUAUUAUUAUUUUACAGAUUAUGAUUCCUUUAUCAUUAUAUGUAACCUUAGAAAUGUGUAAGAUUAUACAAGUAUAUCAUAUCCAUAAUAAUACUGAUCUCUAUGAUCCCGUCACGGACAAGAGAACUGAAUGUCGUGCCUUAAAUAUAACCGAAGAACUUGGUCAAAUCCAAUAUAUUUUUUCUGACAAAACUGGUACACUAACAGAAAACCGAAUGAUAUUCCGAAGAUGUGCCAUAGCAGGAUUGGAUUAUGAGCAUGUUCUUGAAAAUGAAGGAAAUGGGAGCGGUGAAACAUCAAAUCUAUGUUGUUCUGUUGCUGUGAAUAGUAGACUUAUGUCAGAAUUAGGUGGGAUUUUCGCAGAUCAAGUUUCGAUCUCUAAUAACAAUCAUUCUUCUCGGAUUGAAGAAUUCCUAUUAUUGUUAGCAAUUUGUAAUACAGUUGUUUGCGCAAAACAUCCACAUCAUGAUUUAAUGAAUGCAAGCGGUGUCAUCGAGGAUACUUCUUUCGAUAAAUUAGAACAGAACUCCAGCGAGAAUAGUUCCACUAGUACUGCAUCACAAUCUGUAACAUCAAAUGACAAGUACAGUCGCUUGGAAGAAUCGCGUUCGGUAACUCCGUCCCCACCAUUAAAUUCCUAUUUAUUUGAUUCUAAGAGGCAUCAACAUGUUCCUACCCUUUCUCCUAUAGACUCUAUAGAAUCAUCACCUUCGUUUGAAACACCACAGACUGAUGUUACUGUUUCUAAGGCUAAUCGACCUAAAUUGCUCAAUAUACCAUCCAUAAAUUUCCUUAAAAAAGGUACGAAUUUGACUGAUGAACAAAAAGCAAAAUUAAAUGUAUCUGUGACACCAUCACCUUAUGAUCGUAAACCAAUUUUUGAAGCAGAAAGUCCAGAUGAAUUGGCAUUAGUAGAUACUGCCUACAAUUAUGGAAUAAAACUUAUCAAAAGAACUCCGACUUUUGUUAAUAUUGAAACUCCCGAUAAGGGAAAACUGCAUUUUGAAAUUCUGAAUGUACUAUCUUUUGAUUCUGUACGAAAGAGAAUGAGUAUCAUUGUGAAGCAUCCGUUAACAAAGCAGAUCAUCAUGUAUACAAAAGGAGCCGAUUCAGCAAUCUUGCCACAAUUAACCCCUGUUGAGGAUGAUUCUGAACAGAAAUUGAUAAUAAAUAGAACACAACAACAUUUAAAUAAUUACUCUAGGGAAGGUCUUCGGAUUUUAGUAAUGGCAAAACGUGUUUUGGCUCAACAUCAAUAUGACGAAUGGCAUCGAAAACAUCAAGAAUUAGAACUUAGUUCAGACAAUUUAGAAAGAAAAAUAAGAGACAGUUACUGCAGUAUUGAAACUAAUCUGACUUUAUUGGGAGCUACAGGUAUUGAAGAUAGGCUACAAGAGGGAGUUCCAGAGACUCUUGCAAAUAUAAUUUCAGCAGGAAUAGUAGUGUGGGUGUUAACAGGAGAUAAACCGGAAACGGCAAUCAAUAUAGCUUAUUCAGCAAAAUUAUUUUCUCCUCAAAUGGAACUAUUAAAAAUUAUGGCACGAUCCAAAGAAGCCGCAGAAAGAACUAUUCAUUUUUACUUGGCAGAUAUAGAACGUCAGGAAAAAGAAAGGCAAGAUGACAGUAGGAUACAGCCCUUAAAUAGUAUUGGGUCUUCACAAAUCUCAAAUAAAUCUAAAACUAGAGCUUUGGCUGUUGAUGGAAAAACUUUAACUUUUAUUUUAGACAGGCGAGCAAAUCUUACAAAACCAUUUUUAAAACUGACAACAUACUGUAAUUCAGUAUUGUGUUGUAGAGCCACACCACUACAGAAAGCUUAUAUUGUUAGGGUAGUUAAAGAAGAAUUUAAAAAAAGGACAUUGGCUAUUGGCGAUGGGGCAAAUGAUGUGUCGAUGAUUCAGACUGCCGAUGUUGGCAUUGGCAUAUCAGGUCAAGAAGGUAUGCAAGCUGUAAUGGCUGCAGAUUUUGCAUUACCCAGGUUCAAGUAUUUGGAAAAGUUUUUAUUAGUUCAUGGUCAUUGGAGCUAUGAUAGACUUUCAAGAAUGGUUUUAUAUUUUUUUUAUAAAAAUGCUGCAUUUGUGUUCCUCUGUUUUUGGUACCAGAUGUAUUGUGGAUUCUCUGGAACAGUGAUGAUCGAUCAAAUGUAUCUUAUGUUAUAUAAUCUAUUAUUCACUUCAUUACCUCCUUUAGCUAUUGGUGUAUAUGAUCAAGAUGCUCCUCAACAAAUCCUCUUGAAGAAUCCAUAUUUGUAUAGUCGGGGACGUUUAGGAAAAGUGUAUAGGUCAUUUUCAUUUUGGUUAACAAUGUUAGACGCACUUUUUCAGAGUACGGUUAUAUUUUUUAUAUGUGAAUACGCUUAUGAUGAUACUGAUGUGGAUGUAUUUGAAUUUGGGACUGCUGCAACUACUUGCUGUAUGUUUGUCAUGCUUUUCCAUGCUUCCAUCGAAAUGCGUUCCUGGACUAUUAUUCAUGCAGCAUCUAUAGUUUUAUCUAUAGGAGCCUUUUACCUCUAUUCCUUAAUAUACAACACCUACUGUGUCAAUUGUUUUGGAUUGCCUAGCACCUAUUGGACGAUUCAAAUAGCUAUGUCAAGACCUACAUAUUGGUUGGUAACUCUAUUAUCCUGUGUAGUGGCUUUAUUACCAAGAGUUUUGUACAGGGUGAGCCAAACACUUUUUUCACCAGAUGAUAUCAUACAAGCAUUAAUUUUCGAGCAAAGAGCAACUAGAAGAGGUGAGACGUUUUUGGUAUCUUGGUCAAGGUCAACAUCCUCAUCCUCUAUAUACAGGUAUCGAGCAGUGUGCAUUUUUGUGUUACUAGUACACUGCUUCAUAUUUUAUUGAAAUUCUUGAAAUGUGUAUAGAAAAUCUGAUAAUACUAUUGUGGCUUGCUCGACAAGGUUUUAUACCAGUGUUUCCCAACGGGGCAGUUUGAUUUUUGAGGGGGGAGAGUCUGAAAUGAACGACACGAGCUUAAGCCUUUCGCUUCUUGCCAAUUAUGUCAUACUAGUUUUCGGAGCUAAAUUUGAAUGUUAUAUAAUUCGGCUUCUUAAAAUUGAUGAAAUAUGUGAAUCCAUAAAUGAUACUUGUGUAUUACAUUAUUCAUUAGGAAAACUUUGUAGCUAAAAACAUCUCAUUCAGCAAUAAAUGUUUUAAUGCUAUUAAAGCUGAUGCUGAUGCAAUGAACAAUUAAAACUCUUGUGAAAGCAAAAGUGAAAAUAUUUGGUUUCAUUAUGUCAGAAACAUUUUAACAACAAAAACUCAUAGAAUUGAAAAAUUAUGAGUCAGUUAAAACUUUAUUUGAUAAAAAAUGAACGAUGGCAUGGCUUUGUAAAUAAAUAGAAAUCACAUACCCAAAUUCAGCCAAAUGCGGAAGAAAAUUGUCGUGACUUUUUCCACAUAUUCAAUUUUCUCAAGCAAACAAUGCAAUUUUUUAAUAUUAAAUAUUAUGUAUGUUGGAUAAGGGAGGCAUAAGAAUUUUAGAAGGGCUAAGGUGAGGCAUAGUACAAAAAAGUAUAGAAAAGGACUAAUCAUAACACUGUUUGUUGUUUUUGUUAAAUUAUUAAUAGACAUUGAAUAAAAUUUCCCUGGCUUUACAAAAUAAAUCUCUCACUAGCAGCGCAGUUGAAAGUGUUUAUUUUAGAUAAGAAGGAGGCAAACCUUGCUCCAGAUUAAACCUCCAUAAAUCGUUCGAGAAGACCGUUUUCGAUAUUGUCUGUGGUAAUGUACAGAGUAAGGCAAGGCGAAAAUUAGGACACUUUACGUGUGAGGUAGCGUGACACGACUCGUACAUGCUACACGUGCUGCUUGGUGAUCUGCAUAUUGAGGCACGUGUUUUCAAAUAGAAAACAGUGGAGUUUGGAUUUGAUUGGCAAUUCGCUACUAGCUGGCAUAAAAAAAUAUCUGAUAUUUUUUACAAUUAAACAAAUUAAUUAUUGUCAUUGCACUUAAGUUUUGAUUCAAAAUCGGAUGAUGCUGAGGAGGAAAUGUUCAAUUCCUUGAUGAGGAAGAAAUUUAAAUCACCUAAUAAAGUUAUUUUAUUAAAGAGAAAAAUAGUGGACAAUUUACAAUUACAACUAAAAUGAGUGAUACUGAUUUUGCUAAUUAUUUCCGAAUGAAUUGAAACCACUUUGCUGAAGUACACGAGAUGAUCUGAUCUAAAGUUCUCUGUGUUCGUUACACCCUCUAUCAACUUUUCGGGACACGUCUGUGAGCUCACGCGUGUCGUUUUAGGUCGCGCUGCAUCAUCAAUUUGCGUCAAUGUAUUCAUUCUUGUAGAUUACAAAACUACGUGCUAUGCUGCAUCACCUCACGCGUGCUAUAAGUGUCCCACGUAAAUUGGAAAUUAUAGUAAUCAAACAUAGGAAAUAAAUUAUUAUCGCAGUAUAUUAACUUUUAAUUGUAAUACCAACAGUUUUGUAGUUAGGAAAUAUAAUCAAUUUUUGCAAUCUAUUAAAUAAUAAGUAUACUAUAGAUUUUUAGAUAAUUAGAGUGUUUUCAAUCAGCUCAGUGGUUACUUUAAAAAUAAACUAGUAUAUAGUAGUAAGUAUAUAAGUAUAUAGUAAUAUCUCGUUUCUGUUCACGUAUUAGGAUUAUUCGAAAAUAUCUGCAUGAUUUCUAAUAAAACAUCAAUUUUAUCUUUAUUUGGAUGAAGAAAGUAUUAGUUUCUUUACACAUUUGAAGAUUUCAAAUUGAGCUUCACAAAUACGAACGGCUAGAUGUAAAGAAUUGCAUGACGCUUUCAUAGAUUUUGAACCUUGCUAAAAUACACUAGUUGAUUUUAGUGCUAUAAUCAGUAUUGGUAACUAUUUUGUGAAACAGAAAUUUCAACAUAAAAUUUUCAACUUAUUUCCAAUCUUCUAGUAUAUAUUUCAAUAGAACGUAGCGAUAUAAUUCAACUGUUUUACUAGAAUCUCAUUUUAUUCUUUGGGAUCCUCCAAAAAAUUCAAACAAGGUACAUCGAGAUUCUAAAAAUGGAAAUUUUCAAGUGAUGAAUUCAUGAGAAUUAUUAUUAUUGAAAAUAUUAUUUGUAACACAACACGCAACAAAUAAUUUACCUUAAAAAUGUUUUGAUUCUUUUUGCCAGUAUGACUUAUGCACAUUCUAACAAAUAUAUAUAAUAAACAAUCCAAAAAUAUUAUUGUAUUAAAGACCCAAAUAACUUCUUUUAGCUGAAUAAUCCAUUAUAUACUAAAUAGUCUUAAAUAUUUCAGCUGUAUUUCAAUCACAAAGUUUAGUUUUUUACUUAAGUUGUUGCUUCAAAACCGUAUCAGUAAACAUCUUGUUUUAAAUGAUCCCAAAGAAUUUUUGCUGGAACCAUAGAUUUAUAUGUGAACAGUAGAUUAACUAUAUUAGUACUUCUCGACAAUAAUUUCAAUAAACUCCAUCUGUUAGAUAUUGUAUUCAGGUAAUAAGUUGUUUAUACACGGCUAUGGAAACUGUUUUUGCAUUUUUUGUAUCAAGAAAUGCAAACACAAGCAAAAGGCAUAUUUUUUUUCGUUAUCAAGUGGAGUGGGAAUCUAAUGGAACAGUAAAGUUCAUCAUUAUGUUCUAUUGACAUGUACAUUGGCUCAUUGGAAUUGAGCUAGUUAGAGAUAUUACAUUGAUAUUCUUAUCCCCAAUUUUUUCCCUAAUAUGUUAUAACCUAGUAAGGUGUGAUUUAUUGAAAUUAGAAAUUAACGCAAUAGAUUUACUGUAUAUACACCAGUGCUUUCUUUUCUUGUAGUUAUUAUUAGAGGAUGGGUUUGGAAAUAUAGAUUGAAUUUGUGUGAGUGUGUAGUACAACAUAUCAAUUUUUAUAGACGUUUUCAACUCAUUGAAAUGUAAUGAAAAAAUAUCUACGAAUCUGAAUUAAGAUAUUUUGAAAAUACUACUUCAGUUCCCUUAAUGAACACACUGUUUACGCUACUGCUACAGCAACACUCACAAUUUCAAUGACAGCGUUUCUCUAACGUUCUCAGAGACUGGAGAUAAACUUGUAGUGGUAGCGUAAACAGUAUGAAAAUCAUCAACAGUUUCAGAAUUUCCAACUCAGCUCCUGUAAUCUUACACCAGACAAAUACUUUUUGUGUGAAAAUUUUGACUUUGAAUUCCAUUUCUUUGGGAUGGUUCCAAUAUCAUUUUUCUAAAAAAAAACGUAUCUUUUCUAAAUGUGGCAACAUAAAAUAUUGAAUAUUCUUAUUAGAAUCACUCCGUAAUUUUCAAAAAAGCUUCCAUUUAGAAGCUCUGCAUUUGGAUAACCCUUAAUUUUUUGUUUUGUCUUGUUGGAGACCCACAAACCUGAAAUCUGUCAGUAAUGUCUUGCUAAUAAUUGUCGCUAAGUUUUGAGCUCUCAAUUUCCUUAUUGGACAACCGGAAAACGAAAUUACAACACAUUGAACACUAAGUCCUCGGUAAUUAAAUUAAAAACAAGUUUUUGGAUCAAAUUUUCUUUUAUUUAUCAAUAUAGUUUCCUUUGAGUAACACAAUCAACCCGACGCUUUUCAACAUCAUUAUUAUAGAAUCAUUUUUCUUUAGCCUCAAACUAUGACUCUCUUGUUUGAUUCAUAUUUUUUUCCUUUGACUAUUUUAAAGGUCUUUUUUAAGCUAGGAUCUGGAGAAUAUAAUUGAUUAAAUUCAACUAUAGUUUUUAUCUACCGUAACACAGUGUAUUGUCUUUAAGAGACUUUUUUUAAUUAAUCCAACAAUCUACAACUUUAAUCACUGUUAAUUGUUUCUCUUUUCCCAAAAUACAGAUGCCAUAAACUUGUGAGCAGAUUAUUGCACUUUUGCCUACUUCAAAGGGUCUCACCCGGUCUAGUUUUCUCAGAUGACUGCCGCUUUGAUUCAGUGCUGAAUCCAUGGUCAAUACAAAAAAUAAUUUUCAUAUUUCCGAAACAAAACGAUGAAUUAUCAUGCAAUUCUUUGUUAGUUUUGUUCUAUUUUUCAUGUUCAAAAUUUCAGAUAAAAUUGUGUAAACUGUAAACACUUCCAUGUAUCUCUAUAAUCUAUCACUUUCAAUGUAACUUUGUAGUUUUUUAUUAAGAAUUUUUUUUGUUACUUGCAAAAAAAUUCUAGCAGUAUGCUAGAAGGAAAUGAGCUCAAAAUUUGACAGGUUUAUUUGAAAGAUUGUACUUCGAGGGAAAAAUAUAAAAAUGUGAUUUGUGAGAUUUCUAUUCACCAGAUAGAGGAAAUAUUAGUAGUUAGAAUUUCUGGAACUUAACACACUGUUUACUUUCGCCUUAGCAUCUGCAGAUGGUAACCUUGAUCUAAACUAAUUUAUUUUCAAAACUUCAGUCUUAAUAUUAUGUUAGGUUAGGGAAGUUAAAAUUUGAUAUGGGGAGAUGAAAUUGAAUGAAUAAAAUUAUUUAUGGAGAAUAUUUAAAACACAUAAUGUGUGAUUGAAGGUGUGUAUUACAUUUAGUGCCAGAGUAGUAAAAAAAUUCGUAAUAUGAACCAAACUUUUAUCAACUUCUGAAUAUGGAAUCAAAAUGCUUUGAUGCCAUAUGUGAAAGAGAUAUUAUUGGUGUUUUUCCCUGUUGAAAACUGCUAUAAAUACAAGAUUUAAUUGCAUAAUUACAAAACUAAAAUAUUGUUAAAAUCAUAAUUGAAAAUGUGUUUCUAUCUUCUAGAGCCAGCAAUCCAAGGACUCAGAAUAACCCUUUGACGAUUGUGGGAUGAGGGAUGUGUUCAUAGCAAAGUGAUCCUUAUACAAUUAUUUAUAAGACAACAAACUGAAUGCUUGCAUUUGAAAGGCUGUGAUUUAUACUUUUUAAGGGACCAACUAAGUUAUUUAUUUUUUUAUUAACUUACCUACCUGUUACUGAUUAGUGCAACAAGUAUAUUUGUGCCAUUUUUGUUUUCUAUUAAUUUUAUCUAUCGAGUUACAUUUCAUAGAGUAUUUAUUAAAAUAGUAUUUUACCAAUA